AUGAGUCUCUUCUGGUUGCUGGCCGUUUUCUUUCAGCGGCGCCUCAAGACGGCUUGGCUCGUCGAGCCAGACUCUGUGAGACUGAGUCAACUGGUCUCCUCGGCAUGUGCAACACAAGUCCACCAGCCACAUUGGCCAGCGCAGAGUCGAUCCGUCGACUGGAGGCGAUCGAUAAGUCAGCCAAACCAUCUGUUCGAAUGUGGCCUUUGGGCUUGGCCCAUUUUUCGUAUGACUCAUGACCACCUCCUUUCACGCUCGACUCGACAUGCAGGUGCCCAUUCUUUUGAAUUGAUGGACAAACGGCCGACUGGGCAAAAAUCGAUCGAUUCGAGAAUGACCAGCCUGUCUGAACGAAUCUCACGGAAGGUCUGUAUGUAUGUAGGCUUGUCGACGGGACUUUGA